AUGGCAACGAGACUGGGACAGGCACAUACGUUUUUAUUGUCAUAUCGAAGCGCUGUUCACGAAAGUACAUUAGUGACACCAGCUUUCGCAAACUUUGGGAGAGAAUUACGGCUGCCUGCAGACCUGAUCACCGGAAUACCACUUGAUGCCCCACGCAGUAUAACCGAUUGUGCAAAGGACUUGCGGAACAAAAUGAAUGACAUUUAUGAGCACGUCAGACAGUCGGGCCAGCAAACGUCUGAGAAGAUGAAAACACCGUGUUUUCAUGCUGAUGAAGCGGAGAUCGGGGCGGGCGAGUGGGAGGCAUGGGAGGAGUGGGGCUCGGAGGCGACGAGCGCGGCGGACUCGGAGGCGGGCGCGGAGUUGGCUGCGGAGACGGACGAGGAGGCGGGCGCGGGGGGCGGCGCGGGCUGGGCCGGCGCGCUGCGCGACCGCCUGCUGUGCGCCGUGUACGCGCGCCUCUUCACCUGGCUCGUCAACACCGUCAACGACGCCAUCAAGCCGGCGGUGCCGGGCGCCCGCAGCUCGCUGGGCGUGCUGGACGUGUACGGGCUGGAGUCGCUGGCACACAACGGGCUGGAGCGGCUGCUCAUCAACUACGCCGCGGAGCGCGUGCAGGCGGCGGUGACGGCCGCCACGCUGCGGCGCGAGCAGGAGGAGUACGUGCGCGAGGGGCUCGCCUGGACGCCGCUGCCCUACACCGAGCACGACCUGCACGCCGACCUGCUCGACGCGGGCCCGGAGAGCGUGCUGGGCGCGCUGCGGGAGUGCAGCGCGCGCGGCGCGGGAGGCGACGCCGCCUUCCUGCAGCGCCUGCAGCGCCUGCAGCGUCGCUGCCACCCGCGCCUGCUGGUGCUGCCGCCGGACCGCUUCCAGGUGGUGCACUUCGGCGGCGCCGUGGUGUACAGCGCGCGCGGUUUCGUGCAGAAGAACCGCGACGUGCUGUGCCGGCGCUGCGCGGCCGUGCUGGCGGGCGCGCGCGAGCCGCUGCUGGCGGGGCUGUUCGCGGUGGGCGCGGCGGGCGCGGGGGGCGUGGCGAGUGCGGGGGGUCCCGCGGGCUCCCCGCGGCGGCCGUGCGCGCUGGCGUGCCGGCAGCGCGCGCUGGUGGGCGCGCUGGUGCGGCGGCUGCCGGCGGCGCCGCGCCUGGUGCGCUGCCUGCGCGCCGACGCCGCGCUGCGCCCGCACCGCUUCGACGCCGCGCUGAUGCGCCACCAGAUACGCACGCAGGGCAUCAUGGAGAUGGCGCUGCUGCGGCGCGCGGGCUGGUGCGAGUCCGCGUGCGCGCGCGCCCUGCUGGCGCGCUACUCGCUGCUGGCGCCGCCGGCCCCCCGCGCGCCCCGCGCCCCCCGCGCUGCCGGUGCCCCCCGCGCCUCCCGCGACCCGCGCGACCCCCGGGCGGUGGACGCCGAGCCGGUGCUGUGUGCGCGCGCGCUGCUGCGCUCGCUGCCGAUCCCGAGCGCGGAGUUCGCGUACGGCCGCACGCGCGUCUUCAUACGCAGCCCGCGCACGGUGUGGGAGCUGGAGGCGCUGCGGGCGGCGCGCGUGCAGCGCCUGGUGGCGGCCGCCCAGCGCGCCUGGCGCUGCCACGCCGCGCGCCGCCGCCUGCGUGCGCAGCGCGUCAUCGCGCGCGCCUGGCGGGCGUACCGGGCAAGGAGAGCACAACAGAAGUCGGAGGAGUCGUUAUUUGGACGAGUUGCGCAGGUAACGUCACGUGGAGGUGCGUACGGCGCGGCGUGGGCGUGGGCGGCGCGCGUGGUGUGGCGCGCGUGGUGCACGUGGGCGCGGCGCCGCUACCUGGCGCAGCUGUGGGCGCGGCUGCCGGCGCGGCACCGCUCGCCGGCGUGCGGCGCGUGGCCGGCGUGCCCGGCGCCGCGCCUGCUGGGCCGCGCGGACGCGGCGCUGCGCCGCCUGCACCACCGCUGGCGCUGCCGCCUGUACCGCGCCGCCUUCGACCAGACGGCGCGCAACCGCAUGCGCGAGAAGGUCACCGCGAGCGUUCUCUUCAGGGAUCGCAAGGCGACGUACGCGCGCAGCGUGGCGCUCCCGUUCGUGGGCGACUACGUGCGGCUGCGCGCGUCGGCGGCGUGGCGGCGCGGCGCGGGCGCGGCCGACGACCGCUACGUGGUGUUCGCGGACGCCGUGGGCAAGGUGGCGCGCUCCAGCGGCCGCACGGCGCGCUGCCUGUGCGUGCUCAGCACGGCCGCGCUGCUGCUGCUGGACGCGCGCUCGCUGCGCCUCAAGCGCCGCGUGCCCGCGCACACAGUCUACCGCCUCUCGCUCUCGCCCUACCACGACGACCUGCUCGUCGUGCACGUGCGCGCGUGUGGAGGGCUGGAGAGCUCAACGGAAGAACUAUCGCAGUGCUCAUCACGCGAUGCAGUCGACGCGCCCGGUUGUCUCUUUGGGGGCGAGUCGGCGCGGCGGCGUGGCGACCUGGUGCUGCGCACGUGCCACGUGCUGGAGCUGGCCACCAAGCUGUUCCUCGUCGUGCAGAACGCCGUGGGAGCGCCGCCACACGUCAACAUCGCCACGCAGUUUGAGGCAAAUUUUGGGCAGCAGAUCGUAACGAUCUCUUUCCACGCGCUGGGCGGGGGCGAGGCGGGCGGGGCGCGGCUGCUGCGGCGCGGCAGCCACAUGGACGUGCUGCUGUGA